AUUAUAUGGCUUUGAUGUUAAUUUGUCUUUUCCUGGCUGCCUCAGACAGAACAAUAACUCAGGAUGUCUUGGCACCUGUGGCCUUUUUCUCAUGAAGAGGUGUCAGAUUCAUUUUUAGUUUAUAUGAAUGUCAUCAGCCGUUGAGCAGUUUUCCAUUUGCUCUCUUAGUUUGAAUCACUCGGGUCAUGAAAACUCUGUUAGCAGCUGCAUUAGAGCAGAUGUAUGGUUAAACCCUACAAGAGGCAAAGAUCUACAAGUAGAGGGGACUAAUGUGAGCCUCCAUCAGCCGUCAUUUGGAUGAAUAAGAUGACGAAGAUUCUGAGGAGACAGGCGUGGAGAGCACUGGGUGGGGGUUGGAGGUGGAUAAAGAGAGGGAGAGUGUGUGGCUCCCCCCUCUGAGGAGUUCUGGGAACCUUCAUGACCGUCUGGAACGCCGGGGAUCCAGUGCAAGGUAGCAGAGGGACCGAUAACAGCUGCUGUCCAGUGUUGAGGGUGUUGAGAGAGUCCAGUUCUCCUGUUGCUGUCAUGGGCUUCAGGGUGGUGCUGCUGUCCUUUCUCCUGGUGUCUCUGAGCUGGUCCAGAGGAGCCGUCAUCACAGGGGCCUGUGAGAGAGAUGUGCAGUGUGGUUUGGGUCUGUGCUGUGCCGUCAGUCUAUGGCUGAGGGGUCUGAGGAUGUGUGUCCCAAGAGGUGCGGAAGGGGAUGAAUGCCACCCCUUUAGCCACAAGAUGCCCUACCCAGGGAAAAGACAACAUCACACCUGCCCAUGUCUGCCCCACUUGGUGUGCACCAGGUAUGCUGAUAGCAAGUACAGAUGUACUGAUGACUUCAAAUACAUGGACUUUUAAUGGAUGCCCAGACAUUCAAAUGAAGAAGAGCACAGCAGAAACAACAUUUCACAGUGAAGACUUGAACAGGUUGUGGAUGAUGAAACACAUAUUUCCUCUUCACUGACUGUAUUCUUCAUUUGUGUACCGUAUGCACUAUAAUACAUAGUUUUGAUUCUAUAAAUGCACACAACAGGGACAGAAAAAGAAAUGCUAACACAGUGUAACCUACUAUCCAGAGCCACAGUAGGCAUCAGAC